AUGGCCGAGUUCCAUGUCGACCGUUUCGAUUAUGGCCCCAUCGACCUCGCGCGCCCGGCAUUUCGACUUCUUCGGAUCCUGAAAGGCCGAGGCCUUAUGGUCUGCUGUGAGCUCUUUCAGGCAUUCCUGACCAGGGCUGCUGACAGAACAGAUGCGAUUUCGUACGAAGCGCUCUCCUACGUGUGGGGCUCCGACAAGAGAGACCGCGUCAUCGAGAUCAACGGGAAGCGUUUCAUGGUCACCAGAAACUUGCACGACGCGCUCCAGCAACUCCAGCUUCCUACUCGAGAUCGCAUCGUGUGGGCUGACGCAGUGUGUAUCAAUCAGGGCAACAAAGACGAACGCGGCCAUCAAGUUCGGCACAUGAGCCAAAUCUACAAGCGCGCAUCCCGAGUGAUUUACUGGCUAGGGCCGCCCACAUUCGAGACAGAUCACUGCCUCCGGGCUCUUCGGUCGCUAGAAACGAACAGCAGGUCUGUUGCUCACAAGAACUGGACCCGAGAGCAGUGGAUGGGUCUUUGGAAAGCCUCGAGCGGAAGCUGCCGUGCCCAGCAGCGCGAGGGGUUGCGUGAUCUAUUAGGUCGGCCAUGGUUCCGAAGGGUUUGGAUUUUGCAGGAGGUUGCCCAUUCAAAUGCGGCCGUGGUUUGGUGUGGCAAGACCUACGUCUCAGCGCGGAUAUUCAGCUUGGCCCCCUUCCUGAUGGGGCUGCGGCCCACAGAGCACUCCCAGGCAAUAUUGGACAUGAUGCCCGGCCCCUUCCGAAAGGAGUCCUGGUUUGGCGGGAAUCAAGAUCUGUACACCCUCUUGGAACGCUUUGGCGGCAGCGAAGCAUCUGAGCCGCGGGACUUGGUCUACGCCCUGCUCAGCAUGACCACGGACGCCAUUCACCACAUACGCCCAGAGUACAAAAAUGACGAGAUCUCAGUGGUCAAGACCGUUUCCCACUUCUUGUACCGCGUGGAUCUAGACACCGCCACCCUAGUAUCCGCCAAGCCGACGUCACUUCGCGAUUUUUGUGGGCGCAUAUCCCAUUUCAGUCAACUAGCCCUUGAGAUGGCUGUUCAGGACGAAACGGACGGAGACGAGCUGACGGCUUUCAUUCUGGAUCGAUAUCCCAAGAUAGCUGUGCGCCACAGCACGGUGAUCUCCGCUGCGAGAAACGGUGCGAAGGCACCAAGGCUACUUGGAAUUCUGUUAAAGCAUCUUGAUAAACUGCCAUCGCAGCAGCAAGCCCUGGCCCAGAACCCCGACUUCACGAGGGCUGCAGCAUCCAACGAAAUUAGCGGCGACGAGGCUCUCCAGUGCCUACUGAGUUACGCGACAAAGGAGCCGCCGCUUACAAACGAGACUCUAGUCGCAGCGGCGGGGAACCGGUCGAAGGGAGCAAGACUUAUCGAACAGUUAUUGAAACAUUGCGGCGACGCCGGUUUGCACAUCAGGCCCAGUGUCAUCGAAGCUGCUGCGAGAAAUGACGCGUGCGGUGCGCAAAUAGCCAGGGUUAUCCUCGAGCGUGGAGUGACAUACCAGCUCACGGAAAGGAUCCUGAGGAGCGCCGCGAGCAAUCAGGAAAGUGGGGAAAUAAUUUUGGAGCUGCUAUUAACACGUGGACAACCAAGAGACGGAUCCCUUGGCCUCCAGAUCAAGCAGGUGCUUGAUUGGGUGGCAAUGCAGUCCGACAGCCCCAGAAUCCCACUCAUACGCCUAGCCGUUCUGAAGCUUGUAGAUACGACUAUCCCGAAGCAUCUCCUUGAGUGGAUCCCAAUUCGAGAUGACUUGGUUGCACAGACGACACUAGUCUGGGCCUCACAAAGCUCACUAGCCUACGUCAAGCUGCUACUCGAGCACGGCGCCGACGUCAACAUAGAGUGCGGGACUCUAUACUACACUACACCCAUCGCUAUGGCAGUCUCUUGUGGUCAGCUAGAAAUCGUCCGGCUAUUACUCGACAGCGGCGCGGAUGCCGGCCGGUGUGAUAGGCACGGCCACACACCGCUAGAUAUAGCAGUUGUGAAAGGGCAUGAACCUAUUAUUUCAUUGCUACUGGACCGCGGAAGGGGUGACGCCGAGUCGAAAGAUGCGGCGAACCUAACGCCUCUUAUGUUUACCGCCGGGAACGACCACACCGCCAUCACUAGCAUGCUGCUCGAAAACGGCGCCAGCGGCGCAUCCACGUCCGAAAACGCCAAAACACCACUACAUCUUGCAGCGAGCCAUAGCGGAGGGGACAAAACUGUCGAUAUACUAUUACGUUACGGGACUCAAGUUAACACCCAAGACCAAUAUCACAAGACAGCCCUGUGGUACGCCGCUAGGAUAGGCAAUGUCAGCGCCGUACAGUCCCUGAUUAAAUAUGGCGCCGAUGUUAAAGCAACCCCGCCCCCUUUUUUCCAAGCCGUUCAGAACAAUCAUCUCGCUGUCGCCAAGAUUCUACUCGAAAAUAGCGCAGACAUUGAAGUCAAGGUCUCCAUUUUUGGAGAAAUCUUUACGCCGCUAAAAAUCGCCAUUUCUAAGUUGGAUCUUUCCAUGGUACGACUUCUAUUGGACAACGGCGCCGAUAUACAUUCACCAGUGUUCCGCUACAACGACUCAAAGACAGCGCUUGACUUUGCAGACCCCCAGUUCACAGAAAUAAGUAAUAUCUCGAAGAUGUCCGACGAUCCCCACAAGGAGGGAAAACGCUACAUUGAGCAAGAAAUUUCAGAACUAGUGGGCUCAGAGUUCAAGACCGAAUACAACAAAGUCAAGGACCGAGUUGUUAACGACUACCUUCGCGAUGUAAUCGGGCUGUCCUCAGGCUCUUCCAAUACCGAAGCCGCCGAGGCCGUUUUCCUCAGGCACCCAGAAAGCAAAGCCCGAUUCUGCCGCAUCUUGAACCAAGGCCUCGAGGUCGCGGCCGAGGCAGGCGCCGGCGGGGGCUAUGCGCAGCACCAAAAGUCCAUCGAGCGUGAGGCCAGCAAGUACGAGGAGCAAGCCAGCAGGGAAACGGACAGUACCCGCAGACAGUACCUCUUAGACUCAGCCCAGGAAGCGAGAGACGACUUGGAGUCGACCAAGAGGCUUCUGGACGGCCUGCACGAAAAAUACGGGAACAUGGACAUUGUGCCGGUCUACGAGAGCAAGAAGAAGCAGAGAGAUCUCAGCAAGGAUCUCGGUCUCUACUGCGAUAAAAAGAGCAGCACUGAGGAGAUGUUCUUUGACGACAGCGGCUCCGACUGGUGA